ACUCCCGUGAACAGGCAGACUUGUUGGAAAUGCUCGAGGAUCUUAAGGCUCUCUGACAGCGCGCGCUGGCUGUAAAAAGCAAAAUAAUCUGUGGAAUCAUCCAAAGAGAAAAAAAAGUGACAUAUUCCAAUAUAAAGGCAGGGGAUUGGAUUAUUGAUCAUCACCCUUUUACUUCACUGAAGGUUGUGUUGUUCGCCGAACAUUCCCUGGCUAGGGCACAAGCUGCCAUGCCAUUUGGUUGUCUGACACUUGGGGAGAAGAAGGAUUAUAACAAUCCCUCAGAGGUGACUGACAAAUAUGACCUCGGACAAAUUGUUAAAUCAGAGGAGUUUUGUGAGAUAUUCCGGGCGAAGGAUAGGAACACCUUGAAAAUGUACACCUGUAAAAAGUUCCACAAAAAGGACGGAAGGAAAGUGAGGAAAGCUGCUAAGAAUGAGAUAAUGAUCUUAAAGAUGGUAAAACAUCAUAACAUCCUGCAGCUGGUUGACGCUUUUGAAACUAAGAAAGAAUACUUCCUUUUUCUGGAGCUCGCCACAGGCAGAGAGGUCUUUGACUGGAUCUUAGAUCAAGGCUACUACUCGGAGCGGGACACCAGCAAUGUUAUGAGGCAGGUGUUGGAAGCUGUAGCUUACCUGCACUCUCUGAAAAUCGUCCACAGAAAUCUGAAGCUGGAGAACUUGGUGUACUUUAACCGUCUGAAGCACUCCAAAAUUGUUAUCAGUGACUUUCAUUUGGCAAAACUGGAAAAUGGACUCAUUAAGGACCCAUGUGGGACUCCAGAAUAUCUUGCUCCUGAGGUGGUUGGAAGGCAGAGAUAUGGAAGACCUGUGGACUGUUGGGCCAUAGGUGUCAUCAUGUAUAUACUUUUGUCUGGGAACCCUCCUUUCUAUGAUGAUGCUGAUGAAGAUGACUCUGACAAUCGUGAUAAGAACCUUUUCCUAAAGAUUUUGUCAGGGGACUAUGAAUUUGAUUCACCAUACUGGGAUGACAUUUCAGAUUCCGCCAAAAACUUAGUGGCAUCUUUGAUGGAAGUGGAUCAAGAUCAGCGAUUGACUGCACAGGAAGCUAUUGCCCAUGAAUGGAUUUCUGGAAAUGCAGCUUCAGACAAGAACAUCAAGGAUGGAGUUUGUGCACAAAUAGAAAAGAACUUUGCCAAAGCCAAGUGGAAGAAAGCUGUUAGAGUGACCACCCUCAUGAAGAGGCUCAGAGCGUCUGAGCAGGGUGACUCCGGUCUCACUGCAGGGUCCGCAGCUGACCCCAACACACCCGGCAGCGCUCCUGCUCUUCCAGCCGGAAGCGGCGACAGUGUUGCAGCCAGCAUAAAAGCUGCUCUUAGUGAAAAGGCUCCUGGCACACAGACUGCCGCCAUCUCCGCGCUCGCCCCGCCCAGUGCAGCCCGACAGGACGAGCAGCCUCAGGCACGGUGCAACGGCGAUGUUCCCCAAAUGUUGCCACAGAGAAAGGGAGAGUAGGCAUCGAUCAAAUAAAAGAAGAAGACCCAUAUCCAUCCAACAAGCACAUGUGCAGUACAGCCAAUAAAUUUGGCACAAUGAUACCAUGUCUAUGCUGUUUGACUAUCCCCCAGUUUGCAGAAUUAUUUCACAACACCAUGCACUUCAUCUUUUUUUUUUUGCCUUCUGUACUGAUUGGUCUAUCGAAUAGUGUUCUCCAUUCUCCCUUGUUACUUUAUGUAAAAGUCCCUUUAAAGCUAGUUGCAAAGUACCUCUUCUGUUGUUUCCUUUUCCCUAAGAACUGCAAAAACCCAUAGUGUAAUUUAGUGAAAUCAACUCAUCUUUAUUCAUCAGCUCAUUGUAUAUAGAUGUAUUUGUCUGUUUCAACAAAUUGCUAGUUUUCAGCUUCAGAAUUUACAAUCCUGAGUUCAUGUCUUGUGACUUAAAAUUAUGAGUUGGAAGAUUUAGUAAGUUGAUCAUCACAAGGUUUAUUUCUAGAAAUAAAUUAAAUUAAUUAAUAAAUGAAAGAAUACUUACAGCAUGUAUAUUUGAUUUAACUCUUUAGGAACCAUGCUUCAAAUUGAAAUACAGCUUGAGUGAAUCAUAAGACAAUUCAUAAUUAAAAAGAAAUGAAAAUGAAAGUGAUUUUAGCGAUGUUGAAAACUUCAAAAUUGGAUGAUACUUGAGUCAUGUUGAAGCCAGUCUGUGAAAAAAAUCUUUUUUGGUGAAAGACAAUGUAACAAUCAGAUACAGAUCACAAUUUAUGGGUUCAGCUUGACACCCUGACAAGAUAUCUUCUGGUUUAUCUUCAGUGCAGUACAACUUCAGACAACUUAGAAUUUUAAGGCAGCAAGAAAGCAUAUUUUUAAGUUAAAGUGCCUUAAUAUUUGUUGCAGUAAUGUACUGAAAUGUUUCAAAAGAAACAACUUGAUUAUAAUUGCUUAAUGACUUCUUUGAAAUGUUUUCGCUGUUUUCCUUUGCUCCUCUGUUUAGUCUUACGCUGCUGUAUUGAUACCUGUGUUCUGUCCUCUUCACAUUUCAUUUAAAACACAGAAAACUAGACUUAGAGCAUUCUAUGUGGAGUGAUGUUUUAGCCGUUGAUGUUGUGUUGUCACUUGUAAUUAGUAAAUUCAGAGUUUAGAGCUGAGUCCAUAUACUGUACCACUAUGUAUAUUUGCAUUGUAUACAUGUGUAUUUUUUUAUUUACAUGUGUAUUUAGCAACAUUUAGCUGAGCUAAUGGGUUGCUACAACGCUUGUGAAUGAAUAA